UUUUCACUGUACGCUUUCACGCGAAAACAUUCUGGUUGCUUUUGACACGAGGUCAAUUGCAUCCCACCAAGCUUCAUUGUACACGAAAACGCGUCGGAAUUUAGAUCUGCGGGAUAUCGACCAGCAGCGAUCGAGCAGCAAAUGCUCCAAUCAACCUCGCCAUGGCGCCGCCCGCGAAGCGACGCAGGCGCAAUCUCGUUCAGUCCGACGACGACGAUCAAGAGCCCGUGCAACAGAAACAACCACAGCAGCAGGCUUCUACCCCAACGAAAAAGAACAGUCUAAAGAACUUUCUCAUCGUCUCCCCGAGCCCAAACUCGAAACCUGCGGGUGACGCCACCACCUCGCCGAGUCCCACCCGGAAACCGACGCGGCCUGCAACCACCACCACGGCUGCGGCAACAACCAGAUCGACCAGGAGCGGCGCGUCUUCUCUCAGCCAUGGUGCCGCACCGCCAAGCUUCCUCGCGGGUCCCAGGAGCCGCGGGGCCGGGAGCAGGACGUCGACCAAGAGCCCCAGCACGAGUCCCGAGAAGAGGACCAAGAGGGGAGGCAAGAUCGACGAGAAGGGCAGGACGGUGGACCUGGUCACCUUGUUCUCCAAGCAGGCGCAGCGGGUGAAGACCGAGGGCAAGCCAUCCGCCUCGCGUCCGGCGCCCUCGUCGCUCCUCCAGGACAUGACGAGCGAUCCGAUAUCGGAAGAUGACGACGACGUGGCGGACCACAAGGCGGCCGUCUCGAGCGUGGUGGGGAGGAAGGCCAGCAAGCGGUUCAGGGACGGUGGGGGCAGCGUCUCUUCGACUUCGUCCUCGCAGCAGCAACAGCAGCAGGCGCCCGCGAGCUCGGCGACCUCGACCACGAGUCAAAUGUUUCGUAAGCCGACGCGGCCAACCACCCAGGCAGCAGCGCGCGAGGACGACGAUGAGCUCCGACCCUGGUCGGAGAGGUUCGGGCCCGCGAACCUGGACGAGCUGGCCGUGCACAAGAGGAAGGUCGCCGACGUCCGGAGAUGGCUGGAAGAUGUCAUGGACGGCCGCAUACGGCAACGCCUGCUCAUCCUCAAGGGCGCCGCCGGGUCGGGCAAGACCACGACGCUGAAGCUGCUGGCCCGCGAGCUCAAGUGCGAGGUGCUCGAGUGGAGAAAUCCGACGAGCUCGUACGGCGGACCUGGCCAGGGCUACCAGUCCGCCGCUGCUCAGUUUGAGGACUUUAUGGGAAGGGGAGGCAAGUUUGGACAGCUUGAUUUUGAGGAGGAUGACGGAAUGCCAUCGCGAGCAUCGCCCGGCGGGAGACGGCAGACGCCGCCAGAAGAGGGAGGGCGAAGACUGAUGCUGGUAGAAGAGUUUCCCAACACGUUCAUGCGGUCGUCUUCGGGCCUCACGUCGUUUCGAAACGCGGUUCUGGGGUUCCUAGCUUCCAACACGCCUUCCCUCGCCGCUGUUGGACAACAUACCCAGAGGGAACAGCAGAUCACGCCCGUCGUCAUGAUUAUUUCAGAGACGUUACUCACAACAACAUCUGCAUCUGCAGACAGCUUCACUGCGCACCGCUUACUCGGCCCGGAGAUAUUGAGGCAUCCAGGCACUGGCGUUAUCGAGUUCAACGCCAUAGCACCAACUAUCUUGUCCAAGGCGCUCGAGCUGGUGGUUCAAAAGGAGGCACGCAAGUCGGGACGGAGGCGAACUCCGGGCCCUCAAGUCCUCAAAAGGCUUGGCGAGAUUGGUGACAUUCGAAACGCAAUCUCGUCCCUAGAGUUUCUGUGCUUGAAAGGAGACCAGGACGCGGACUGGGGCGCCCGCGUUUCCUUUACAAAGUCAAAGAAGGGAGCUAAGGAUCUGUCUUUGACCAAAGGUGAGAGAGAGUCUCUAGAAAUGGUCUCUCAACGAGAAGCGAGUCUUGGGAUAUUUCAUGCCGUGGGCAAGGUGGUAUAUAACAAGCGGGACGACAUUCCUUAUCCGCCGGGGACGGAAGGCUACGAAGCAGAGAGGCUACCGAAUCACAUGUCACAUUUGUCAAGGCCGAAACAAUCUCUCGUCCAGGUCGACUCCCUGAUCGACGAGACGGGCACCGACACGUCGACUUUUAUCUCUGCAAUACACGAAAACUACGCACUCUCCUGCGAAUCCACGGGGCCGAAUGAUCCAAACUCGGCAGUGGACUAUAUGAACGGCUGCCUGGACAGUUUGUCAGAUAGCGACCUCCUUUGCCCUUCGUGGGAUAUAUUCUUUGGAGGCAGGGGCCCUAAUGGCUCCGGUAGGGACCUCGGCAGCCAUGUAUUGCGCCAAGACGAGAUGGCAUUCCAGCUUGCUGUGCGCGGCAUCCUGUUCUCUCUGCCGUCGCCCGUCAAGCGUCAGUCGGCUGGGAACCCGGCGAGGGGUGGUGGGGACUCCCACAAGAUGUUUUUCCCCACCAGCAUCAAACUCUGGCGUGCCAAGGAGGAGCUCGAGGGGUUGUUGGACAUGUGGGCAACCCGCAUGCUUAAUGGAGAGGACGGGCCGCUUGGGGUUGGUACCGCUUCUAGGGGACAGCAGACCCUGACCAACGGAGCCACGGCGUUCCGCAAGCCCAAGCUGGGGACCCAAAGCACUUCGAGCAGCGUGGGCGACUGGGCUACCAACAGAGACACCCGGCAAUCGUCAUUUUCGGGAAGAUCGACGGCGUCGACGCAGUCGACCGACAAGAAGAACGACGAAGGUAGCGCGACACCCCUGCUGUCGCUGGGAAGCUCCGCCCGCAAGGAGAUGCUUCUCGAGCGGCUGCCAUACAUGGCGCACAUGGCGCGACGCCGGCGCGGGUCACUGCCUUUGAUGGGGCUUCGCGACCUGGAAAAGGUGGUUUCUUUCAACGGCAUCGGCAACUCUUCCCUGGCUGAAGACGAGUCGGCGGCCGAGGACGAGGGCGAGGACGACGGAGGGGCUCAGCGUGCGGAGAGCUGGGCGACGGAUAAGCCUACGGAUGAGUCCAGCCCCAGGAAAAAGAGGGCCAUCAUGGCGGCCAUCAGACCCAAGAAGCGGACCGGGAGCACCAGUGAGGGCGCGCUGCAGCCGAGUGCGCUGCAGGCUCAGAAGCUGGUGUUGAGUGAUGACGAUAUCGAGGACGAUUGACGACAGCGGGGGGGG